CAAAGUUUUUUGUCUACUCAUCCCUCACAAAUUACACUACCUUCCAUUUUUCAACAAAAACUCUUUUUAAUUCUUUUGGAAGUUUACUGUGUAUUCUUUCUUUCUUUCUUUCUGGUGUGUUGGUUUCAGUUUUCGUUUUGAGAGGGGAAAAAAUGGUGUGGAGAUGGAGGUACUGUUACAAGGAUGUUCUGCCAUUUUCAGCUAUGGUGACAAUGGAGUGUAUAAACGUGGGUUUAAACACACUUUUCAAAGCGGCUACUUUGAUGGGCAUGAGUUACCAUGUUUUUGUUAUCUAUGCUUAUGCCAUAGCUGCUCUUGUUCUCCUUCCUGCUCCUUUCUUCUCUUACAGAUCAAGAGUGCUUCCUCCACUGACCUUCCCUAUACUAUGCAAGAUUGGUCUGCUUGGGCUUAUAGGGAGUUCAUCUCAGAUCAUGGGGUAUACAGGCAUCAAUUACAGUUCUCCAACUCUUGCUUCUGCAAUCAGUAACCUCACACCGGCUUUCACCUUCAUCUUGGCUAUCAUUUUCAGAAUGGAGAAGCUAGCUUGGAAAAGAACAAGCAGUCAAGCUAAAGUCAUAGGCACCAUAAUAUCAAUCACUGGUGCAUUUGUGGUGACUCUUUACAAGGGUCCAGCCAUAGUCAUUGCUUCAACGCCUUCAUCGUCUCUUCAACAACACCUUAAUCCAUCGAAUCGCCUUUUCGUUGGACGUAACUCUUCAAACACUAAUUGGGUCAUUGGUGGCAUUUUCCUCACUGCUGAGUACAUUCUAGUUCCUCUCUGGUACAUUGUUCAGACGCAAAUCAUGAAGGAGUACCCGGAUGAGAUGACUGUUGUUUGCUUUUAUAAUUUAUGUGUGAGUUUCAUAGCUGCAAUUGUUGGUUUAGCUACCGAGAGAAACGCAAGUGCUUGGAGAUUAAAACCAGAUAUUGCAUUAGCCUCGGUUGUUUGCUCAGGACUCUUUGGUUCUUGCUUGAACAACACGGUCCAUACAUGGGCUCUGCGCUUGAAAGGACCUGUUUUUGUGGCUAUGUUUAAGCCAUUGUCAAUCGCCAUCGCUGUUGCCAUGGGUGUCAUGUUCCUAGGUGACACACUGUAUCUUGGAAGUCUCAUCGGGGCAACAAUAAUAUCGAUCGGAUUUUACACAGUUAUGUGGGGAAAAGCAAAAGAAGAGAUGGCUGAAUGUGGCAAUGAAACCAUCAUGGACUCACCAUCUUCCCACAAGGCUCCCCUGCUUCAAAGCUAUAAGAACGAACAAGUGUAGAAAUCAAAUUCAAGGACAUGCAUAUGAAUUGUGAAAGCAAAAUCAAAUCAAAAUAUGGUAAAAUCUGCAAUCAACCUUUUGGAGAUGUGCAGAAAAGUUAGAAAUUCAAUGCCAAAUCCAUUUCCCUGCAAAAGGGUGUACUGAUAUAGAGAUACUGUGGCUUAAUGUGAAUAGAAAACAGACAGUAGAACCAACCCUAGAUGGAUUUGGGUACCAAAUAUGUAUAAAUUGGUGUAGUUUGAAUACCAUCUUUGUUAUAACUUCAGACUUCUACCUGUAUUGAAUGGUACAAAAGUCGAAAUGAUACAAUAUUAAUAUCAUUUCGUUUUACCUUUAA